ACCUUUUUCUGUAGCUCAGCCACCAGGCAACUGAUCCAGGAGGAAGGAAUCUGACCUUGUAAGGUUGGGGUGAAGAUUCUAGUUGAAGGGAGCCUUGGAAGCCUUUUGGGUGCUUAGGAAAGAUGAAGACAGUUCUCCCAUUCUUCCCCGUGGUGCUGCUGUUCCUGGGCCUGGGGUGGGGCCAUCGCUUGGCUCCAGCAGUCCUAGAUGACAGUCAGGAGCUGCUGAAUCAGCUUUGGGCCAGUGACUCCUGGGAGGAGGCGGCUGAAGAUAUGGAUCUCACCAAAACCCCGGAAGCCCAGGAAGCUGGUGACAAUGACAUGCUGUUGUUGGAUUCCAUGGAGUCGUCAUUGGCAGAGGCCUUUCUCAGAGAAGAUGAAGUUAAGGGUGAGGAGGAAUCAGAGGCUGAGGAGCCCUUUCACCAGGAGGGUGUGCUCCACUUGAGGCAGGUCCAGUUUGUCAUGAAGGCCCAGAAAACUUGUCAGCCAAAGAGCAUCUGUAGAGUGCAACACACCUUUAUCCAUGAAAACCUAGAUGAAGUCAAAGCGAUGUGUGUCUCCCCACGCAUUCCUUGUAAGGAGAACAAAUGUCACCAGAGCAGUGAGCUUUGGAAAUUCGCUGUCUGCCAGCUAAUUGGAGACAUAGUCUUCCCCAAUAAGUGUUACUACCAAAGCACCCCUGUGACUGUGACUGUCACCAUUGACUGCAAUGGGAUGGAGCCUCAGAGCUUGAAUUAUUAA